CUAAGCCCACUGAACACAUUCUAAUCCUGUUUUCUUCAACAGAUUCCUGUUUACGCUUUCGACAAAGCGUUUCAAUAUAACAACAAUAUAAUGCACGUGUUUCUCGGGGACAAUCCGUGGAGGUGCGACUGCCAUUACAUACCUCGAUUCCAGAGUUUGCUUCUGAAGUACAAGCGAGUUAUCCGCGACCUAUCUGAUAUAAGGUGCUCCAAAUCCAGUGAUAAGAAGACUUCACUUGUUCAGAUCAGUACGAUACCACUGGGGAACAUCUGCGGGGACGAUGACGUGAUGCCAAUAAGUCCCAUCAACAUAGUUAAUUUAGUUCUAUUAGCUUUAAUACUAUUAGUUGUUGGAAGAUUUCUUUAUGAUUGGCAAAACUUUAAAAAUACCGGUGAGCUGCCUUGGUUGUCUUCAAUAUUACCAUAAAAAUGUAUUGUAAAUAAGUAAUUAUAGUUUGAACCGAAACGACAGCGCGUUCGGCGCUCUGAUUGGUUGGUUUAUUCGAGCCGGCCAAUCAUUGUUUUUUUCCAAAAACGUCGUACCGCAGCCAUACAGUGUUUACGUCAUUUAUUACCUUACACUUCGCGGGCGACGCGCCGUAAGCGCGCUGGCGGCGAGCGGUAGCCGUGCUGGGGCCGAGCCGGAGCCGUGCCGUUUAAGUCGUGAUUUGACCUCUACUCUACCAUCACACGACAAAGUUUCGACCUAAUUUAUCACAAUGUUAUUAUUUGUUUAAUGUAAUAUAUUAGAAGUAUUUCAUAAGAUGUAAUUUAAUAACUAAGCUGUUAGAUAAGCAUGAAAGAGAUUUUAAGACAUGAGAUACAGACUAAGAAAAAGGCUGAGCUUGAUUUGUAUGAUAUCUGGUGAUGAAAUAAAUACUACAUAAUGCCUACAUUAGUA